GACAAUGGAAAUUAAAAAUCUUUUUCCUUUUUUUUUCCCUUAAGACUCAGAGGCAAUGGAAAAUGCCAGAACUCAAACAGAACACCAGCAGGGACGCCAUUAAUAAAGCUCGAGGAGAGAGGAUCAAGACACCGACUCCAUGGCCUUGAAGUUCAUCUCUGCUCCCGUUCUUCCUUCAUUCCACACUUUCCCAGAGCACAGCCGUCUGUCCAAGCUUCACCCUUUGUCACCAUCUCCAUCUCUAUGUCCUUCUCCUUCUUGUUCGAAAGCAUUUGCUCUGUCAGAAGGAGCUGAAGGUGGAGUCACCGAGGAGGACCCUCCAGGAUCGCUGUCUUCUGCUCGGACGCAGCUCGGUCUGUUGGAGCAGCUCACGUCUUCCACCUCCUCUGUCGAUGGUUAUGAGAGCUAUGGGAGCUCCCAGAACCUUACGAUCCGUGACCAGCUCGCACAAAUGGUGGGGGAUAGAGAAGGAGAUUUUGUCGUCCCGCUCGGCAAGAACCUGAAGAAGGUGAGUGCAAAGUUCCUCACUGUCUCUCAGAAGAGAAACAUCAGAAGGCAAACCUACCUUAACGAGGUCUCUCAGAGGAACGAUUCAGUUUUCUUCGCCACCAUCGGGGCAUUUGUGAUCCUUCCCCCUUUCAUCAUACUCGGUAUAGCUAUACUGACUGGUUAUGUGCAGCUCUUCCCCUAAACAUUCGUAGUUUAAUACACUAGGAUUUACAUAUGUAUACCUUUCAGGGCUUCUGCUCUUUUGCUAUUGUUUCGAGCAUUACGAGAUUGUAGGAAGAUGAUCUGAAUCAUAAAGUUUUGUUCGAAUUUGCUCGAUAUUAUUGUUUGUUCCUUCUUGCAAAAA